AUGGCAUCUUCAUUCCUUUUGCUGGAUCCUUUACCAGCUGUAGAGUACGAGAUUUUCCUGAGCUUUCGAGAACCUGAUGUCCGUACAACUUUCGUCGAUUUCCUCUGGAGACUCCUAGAUCGUCCCAAGAUACGUACCUUACUUAACGACGAAGAGCUUCGCAAGGGGGAAAAGAUUGCCCCUUCUCUAGUAAAGGCAAUUGGGGAGUCCAAAAUAUACAUCCUAAUCCUUUCCCCUGGCUAUGCAUCUAGCAAAUGGUGCCUUCAGGAGCUAGCCCUGAUGGUGGAACAUUGCAAGAAAGAUGAAAGUCGUCAUGUUAUACAGCCCAUUUUUUAUUCCAUGGAGCCUGGAGAUGUGCGGUUGUAA